UUUUUUUAAAUCCACUUACAACUCUCAAAAUGACUGGCGGAGGUAAAUCUGGUGGCAAAGCCAGCGGCAGCAGCAAAAAUGCUCAAUCUCGUUCCUCUAAAGCUGGACUUGCUUUCCCGGUCGGCCGUGUUCACCGUCUCCUGAGGAAAGGCAACUACGCGCAGCGAGUUGGUGCUGGUGCUCCCGUUUAUCUCGCGGCUGUUCUUGAAUACCUUGCAGCUGAGAUCCUCGAGUUGGCUGGAAACGCUGCUCGUGAUAACAAGAAGACUCGUAUCAUUCCUCGUCAUCUUCAGCUCGCCAUCCGUAACGACGAGGAAUUGAACAAAUUGCUUGGUCAUGUCACAAUCGCCCAGGGAGGUGUUCUUCCGAACAUUCACCAAAAUCUCUUGCCGAAGAAGACUUCCAAGCCUGGAAAGCCGGCCAGCCAAGAGCUAUGAGUUUGAUAUUUUCCUUUUUUUUUGGGACGGGUGUUCUUUUAUUUUAACGUUACGAUAAUGGGGUCUCGGUUGGGAACCGGUAUUAUGGUUGUUUAACUGCGUUCUGGUUGUACAUUGCGUCCAUGGAAAUGGAUUAAGCACAACGACAAGCUUGUCGAAUGGAAAUUUUAUUUUUGAAACUACGAAAACCUAGCCUUCUAAGAGUGCACGCGAAGAUGUCAUUCUGCUAAUUUCUUACGAUCUUUGCCAGUUCCGGACGAAGUAUUGUUUAAGACCCUUAAGUGUAGAUCGCGGUUUGCCCAUCAGCCUGGUUGGCUUUCUCACCAGUUACUGUCAUUGAGUAAUGCUUCUUAGGGCAUCUAAAGAUCCGGC